UUCAGGACAAAUUUUACAUGUUCAGCUCUGUUGCUGGUGGAUGUUGUGAGGGUGUCUGUCCCCUGUCAAGACUUUAUACUCUUGUCUUCCGUCCUCAGAUGGUGUCCACCAGGUGAUGGCCGUCUGCUUGCUGCGUAUCUCCAUCAUCACUGACGACAUGUUGACCAACAGCGUCACCGUCAGGUUGGAUGACAUGUCUCUACAGCGCUUCCUGUCCCCUCUGUUGUCUCUGUUUGUGGAUGCUGUGGCCAGCGUCCUCUCCACCCACCGAGACCACGUCUUCCUCUUUAACAUCCAGAAUGACUCCUCGGUGGAGGGAAACGUCCUAAACGUGACGCUUUCUAUCCUGCUGCCAUCUGAGGACCACAAUGCACUGGGAGGUGGUUUCUUGUCCUCUGAGGCACUGCAGGAGCAGAUCUACCUGAACCGGACCCUGUUGGCGCUGCUGUCCAAUCAGAAUGUGCUGCCGUUUGACGAUAACAUCUGUCUGCGCGAGCCCUGUGAGAACUACAUGAAGUGCGUGUCGGUGCUGAGGUUCCACAGUACGGUGGCGUUCGCGGCAUCCAACACGCUGCUCUUCAGAUCCAUCCAGCCAGUCGGGGGGCUGAGGUGUCGCUGCCCUCCAGGUUUCACCGGAGACAACUGUGAGACAGAGAUCAACCUGUGUUACUCCUCGCCGUGUUUGAAUGGAGGAACGUGUCACCAUACAGAGGGAGGAUUCAACUGCCAGUGUCCUCAGAGAUACAGCGGUCAGUCUGAUACAUCUGUCUAUGGAGGGAAAUGUCUCUCUGGACUUCUGUUUAAUCUUUUGUCUCUGUCCAGGUGAGCGCUGUGAGGUGGACUCUGGGUCUGGACGCUGUGUCUCAGGUGUGUGUAAGAAUGGUGGCAGGUGUGUUAACCUGCAGGUAGGUGGGUUCAUGUGUCGAUGUCCCGACGGAGACUUUCAGACGGCGUACUGUGAAGAGACGAGUCGAAGCUUCACAAGACGAUCCUUCGUCACCUACAGAGGCCUGAGACAAAGAUUCCACUUCCACCUGUCCUUCAGGUUUGUGACCAGAGACAGAAACGCUCUGCUGUUGUAUAAUGGACGAUUCAAUCAGAAACACGACUUCAUUGCUGUGGAGAUCAUCGACGAACAGAUUCAGCUCAGCUUCUCUGCAGGUGAAAACAGGACCUCUGUGGAGACGUUUGUGGUGGGCGGAGUCAGUGACGGAGAGUGGCACACAGUUCACCUGCACUACUACAACAAGCCCAGUGUCAGGGGUGUCAGGGUUCCUCUCGGGCCGUCUGCUGAGAAGGUGGCAGUAAUUGCCGUUGACGAUUGUGAUGUGGAGGUGGCGAUUCGUUUUGGCAGCCGGAUCAGAAACUAUUCAUGUGCAGCUCAGAGAGCUCAGACAGGACUGAAAAAACGCUGCUUCUUUGUGUUUUACAUCGGCAGAGUUUCUAGGUCAAAGGUCAAGGUUGUUAUGGUGAAGGCAGGAUUUCUGCAGAAAACGUUGGUGUCUGAAAUGGAGGAGUUUGUGGUGAAAAGUGGAGUUCUUACCAGCCUGUCAGUGUCCGCGCUUGCUUUCGGAGGAAAGAACUGUGAAAAGGACGAGACACCAGAGCCUGGAAUCUCCAUGCUGAAGGCCUGA